AUGACUGCAGCUGCGUAUGCCAAAGAUCUUUUAUAUCGGAUUGCUCCCCAGCAGGUGGAACAGGAGGCAAGAAUUGUUAAUGUUCUAAAGGAAGGAGAUCACUAUACAAACAUUACUUUCGGAGGCGACAACUCCGGAUUUCAAGUUGGUCAGCAGUAUGGUCCAAUCGAUUGGAGGAUUGGUGACCUACAACAUUACGACUCUGCAAAACCAGGAUAUCCGAAUCCUGGCUCACGAAAGUUCAGCCAGUCUAGCCGAAGAGCCAUUGCUAGCGCCUCAGACAGAGGAGACAACCGCUCACGACGAGAGAUCCUGGACGCGAGCUCUGUUGUCCAUUGGAUAUAG